GGUUCAGCGUCUUCUUGUCGGUUGUAAUCACCAGUGAGAAUGUUGAGAGCCCCAGCAGGACGUUACAGAGCCAGCAUUCGUGGUGGUUCGCGACGGGGCUGGCUUGGGCUUGGCCACCAGACGCGCAAACCAGAACCGGUCUACGAGUCCCCGGCCCCUCCAUGUGGUCCACUGCUUGUGGAGAUCGAGCAAUCUAACCUUGGGAGAUCUCAAGAAAGUUCCCGAAUUACCUCCUGCGAAUACUUGACAUCGUACACGUGGUUGGGGCGCGAAUCGCCGUCAAUCAUAAUUCCGGGUAUAGCUUUCCAUCCCAGUGAUGGACUCGGGACUUCAACGCUAACAAAUCCCAUCUCGCUAGGCGAGCCACCUGUCUAGAUUCCCCCAACAGAGGACAGGCAACUCCAACCCGACUGCGGAGAGUAUUUACGUGACCCUAAUGCUGCUAUGUAUCCUGCCUAUCCAUGGGAGGCGGCUUUUACGGCAAUCGAAAAGCAGUGUCCAGAAUAUGAUCUUGCCAACACCGAUAUCGUGAUCUGCUCCAGUACUUUGGGCAAUCUCAAUCGUUUUGCCCGAGGGGUCGACAAAAGCUUCAGGUUUGUCCUGGAAACGGUGGGCGACACCGUCUUUUUCGUUAGGCGCGAGAACUCGCCAAAGGACUUGAUACCUGAUGUUCGGGGGUACGGGCACACGUUUCUGGAUGAAUACACAACUUGGAGACCUGAUCUUGCUGGUUCAGAGUCCCAUCAACGGAUUAUUCAGUAUGUCUUCGGUGGUCUUCGUUUCCUCCUUCGCUUUGAGUCGGACGGAUACAUACCAGAGAAGGGGUCGCAACGACAAGAGUGCAGUAGCUCUGAUGGUCAAAGAAGAAUGCCGAAUAAAACUCUGGAGGCUGAAGUCGCCAGUCUGAUUGGUAAACUCGGAGGAGACCACACUCCGGAACCAACUCAAAGCUCCGGAGAUCUAAAAGUUCGCGAAGGAGGACGGUUGAUCUCCCAGAGCGCUAUCAUUGACAUCAAGACACGCUCAAUGUUUGACUUCCAGACCCGCACUGUAAAGAAAGAGAUCGAUAUGACAGAUCUGACUCCUCGUCUUUGGGUGUCACAGAUCCCAACUCUGGUCGUGGCGUAUCACGAUCGGGGCUUGUUCACUGAUAUUCGGGUGCAGGACAUGCGAGAGCAAAUCACGCAAUGGGAGCGAGACAAGCAAGAGCUACUGGGACGGCUGGCGUGGAUUCUCCAUGAGCUUGUGCAGUAUGCAAAAAGUUCAAUGACUCGGCUCGAAGUAUGCCGAACUGAUUCCGGGCCUCUUCAGAUCCGUCGACUAAUUGGAGACGCCCCAGUGGCUUUGUUCCCUGUAUUGAAGGCCCGGUGGACUGAAGACGACGACCUUGAGUCUUCGGGUCAUGGAAGCUUUUCCUCACACGAUAACAGCUGUUGUGAUAUACCAUUGGAGGCGCAUCUUCCAGAGCAUCAAGUCAGCCAUGAUUGGAAGGAUCAUAAGGAUUAUACGGCGUCUUCUUCGGAGAAGCGUGGUAGCAGGUCGCCGAGUUGUGCUCCGCGGUUGGUUGCGGAAGGCUUUCCCGAGCACUCAAUGCUCAUGAGACUGAUGUCGCUGUUUUGAAGCCUUGUGAUCCCAAUUUGCACAAAUUACAAACCUAUCCAAAUCUCUACUACCCACCAUACACUUUCCUGACAACCUUGCUUCGCAUGCGUUGUGCGACCGGAUCAAUGCCAAGAGCAGCGAGUAGCAAGCGCAGUUUGCGAUCGACGCGUAAGCGGCCGUGUAGAUCCCUUGACCCGCUCCGUACAGUGCAAUCAAGAUUCUGACUUGUAGUCAUUGGAUGGGGAAUAUGCUGGCCGUGUCGAGCUUGAGAUGAUAAUGUUUUGGCAGCAUCGUAGAAGUCGAGG